UGUGUUCACUCACCUUUUGCAUAAAUGCAUUGCCCAUUUAAAUAUUAUACCAUAAAGAAAUUUAUCCUUCAGGUUCGAAAUUCUUCUAGUUCUACUACAUUACAUAUUAUUUUUAUCUCGAUAUUAUCAGAAGCUGAAACAGUAAAAAUCGUUGUAGUUUUAAUCAGUUUUUACUGUACGUCUAUGGUUUCUGCUCCUUCCUUUUAAUAAUUAAUAGCGCCUGUCAUAAAAGGCGCAUUUUUAUAACAUGGCGUUUAGACUCCGGAAACUCGGAGAGCAGGAACGGCGAAAUUUAUAAAAUGCUGUUUUAUUUUGCAAAACUAAGCAUGAUUGUUGCGUCUAUGUGGAGACUGGAUCUGCCACCUAUUCCUAAAUUUAUUACUUUCAUGUACCAAUUGUAUUCCGUAAUUCUACAUUUAAUGGUUUAUUCGAUGCCCAUUUUGAUGGUUGCCAAUUUUCCUAGCCUGUUGCAAACUGAUAUAAAUUCAGCCAUCGAAGGAGCUUCGAAAAUGCUCUAUUGUGGGAUUUUAGCCGUUAAGGUAUAUUUAUACGAGUCACAUCGAUGUAGGGAUUUACUCGCCAGAGCUUUAGAAGAAGAAUCGCGCUUGUACGCCAUAAACGAUGGCGAUGUCACUAGAAUUUACAAAGAACACGUCAGAUAUUGUCACAUAUUAAGCAAGUUAUUCUACAUCUCCACUGUGACGUCUUCGGCGACUCUGUGCGGGACAGCUAUUAUAAAUAGUUAUAGCUUCUCUAAAAAUGGUGAUGCAGUGGGAAACAUGCCCAUUCCUCUAUUGUUCUGGUAUCCGUUCGACAGAAACCGACACUGCAUUUGGGUGAUGGCCCAUCAACUCUUAACCGUUGUGGUGGGAAAUGUUUACGCCCUUCCGGUCAUUGUUUACUACAACUCAAUAAUGAUUUACGUGAGGAGUCGUUUGCGAAUACUUCAGCACUAUUUCAGAAACUAUGAUAAAUACUCGAUGCUCAAUGGUGGGCUGACCACCUUGGAAACGCUGAAAUCUUUGUGUGUGAAACACCAGGACUUAAUUAAUUAUGUAGAAGACGUUAAUCGUUCCCUCAAAAAUACAGUGUUUCUGGAAUACUUGGGAAGUUCAAUAAUCCUUGCCACUAUUUUAUACCACGUCAUCGAAACGCAGAGCAGUCAAAGUUUUCAGGGUCACGAUACGAUGUACAAUAGUAUAUUUGCAUUUUAUGUAAGCAACCAGUUGAUGCUUCUGGCGUGGACAUCUGACGAAAUUGCUUUACAGAGCUCUAAUUUGGCAACGGCGCUUUACGAAAGUAAAUGGUUCGAACAAUGUCCAGACUCCAAAAUGUUGAUCAGAAUCAUGAUGAUGGGCUGUCGCAAACCGCUCAGUAUUAGCAUUGGUCCGUUUGGACCGAUGACCAUGUUGUCCGCAUUAUCGCGGCUAAAGCUUGCGUACUCGUACAUAUCAGUGAUGACAUCCUAAUCCAAGAAUGGCACGAGUAUAUUGUUAUCGCAGAGAGAAACCAACCAGGUUUUGAUCAUUUUUGUCGACGAUUUCGGAAUGAACAUGUGUGAUUAUUUCAAGACGGAUGAUAAUAUUUGUUUGAAUGGGAUUAAAAUUAUACUAUUUACUAAAUUUUUGGAUUCCUCCGACUAAGUUUGUAAAUAGAAUUAUAGUAGUCUGUGGAAGUACCUUUAAAACAAAAAGGAUUAAAAAUUACUAUUAAAUUAUUAAAAAUAGCUUAAUUUGUUUCUUAUUUUUAAUACAAUAGAUUACAAUGAAAGUAAACUACGCAAAAAAUGUAUAUUUUAAA